AUGCUUCCAGAUUUUCUGGCUGGGUCGUAUGAGAGGUACAAGCAGGACACUGCCCUCUUCACAACAUGGCUUGCAAAGGCGGCCGCUUCGUGUGGCUACAAGCCAGAAGCGACGAAGCGUCGACACUCCGAGCAACUUGGGCCAACAAAGCCUCAGGCACCGAUUGGGUGCUCAGAGAUCCCAAAGGCAGCAACUCCUGAGUCGGCUCUGCCACCGAUCGGUCGCCUGAAAGGCAAGGAACGGAAAGCCGUCAAGGAUGCCGCCGACAAAGCAAAGAAAGUAAAUGUUGACACUUCAGAAUCACAGGCGCCGUCCACUGUCAAAUACACUAUCACCACAGCGGAGUUGCUUCGUCAAGCAGAAGCUGUUACACAAUCUCACGAGACAUCACGCGUUCAGAUGCCCGCAAGCCUCCGAAGUGUUGUCGAGCGCGCUAUUGGAGCCCGUCAAAGAUGCUCUGAAUGGUUUCAGAAGUCUGGUGUGCAUAACAAAUACGCUGACAAGCAGCAUAUUCACUUUAUCGAAAUCCUGAAACAAUCCCUGAAGAUACUGGAGCCCUGUGUGGAAGCCGAAGGAUCUGCCCAAAAGCAUCGGAAGCACGACGAACCCUCGCUUGAAGGAACUGCUAGCGUUACAAACCGCUUCGCAGCGCUCAAGGUGGAAGAAAGCCCGGAUGUCGAUUCUGCGGAGUUCUCUGAAGUAGCUGCUGCGGUGAACGUGGCGCAAAAGACGAAGGCCUCGAAAGGUGAACCCGUGGUCGCCGUGUAUGAGCUCGAAGACGAGGACGAAUUUGAUGAAGAGUUGGCAUUCAUUAUCUUCUGCUUCUUCGAGGACCUUCAUCGCACACAAGAAUUUGUCAAUGAGCUGUGGUGCAAAUACAAAGCCAGGAAAUGUGACCUUCACACCGCGGCUAUAACAACAAAUGCUGCCUUCGACCUGGUACGGCAAGCUGAGGAAGACCUCAUUGCCCAAGCCCCAAAGGUCUUCAACAGAAAACGAUCUUGGGAUUCGAUUGCCAUCAUAGUCUUUUAUGCCGACGCCUUCCAACAGGGAGUUUGCCCUGAAGCUCGUCUGAACAGCAAUGAGAGCUUGCGAAUCACGCCCUUCGACGAUUUUAUUUAUCUGUCAACGGCACGGAUCUUGAUGAAAUUCACGUUCAUGGCCGAUCUCCCCAGAGACUGUGAGCUCUCAUAUCCUGUGCCUUGCCCCCCUCUAAGAUUUAGCUACAUUUCGCGGCCCGAUUUGCUUGGAACGCCGGAGAUGGACAAGAAAGAGCAGGAAGACUUGACUCUAUCAAGGUUUAUCAUUGAUAGGCAGCUAUGGAACACAUGGAGGGAAGCUGGGAGACAAGUAUUCACUCCACCACCUCUAGAGGACGAAUUCAGCGAAAGCCUCGAUAGGCUGACGAAGAAGGGUGUUCUCAGUGUCGCGCUGGUUUUUGAAGCUCAAGUCUUUCUUGAUAUUCAAGACAUCUUGGGGGACGAUGUGAAAAGAGGUCACCAAGACCUUUUGCGGACCACCAGUGAAAUCGAUAAGAUCAUGAACCUGAAAGCAGUCAACGGAGCGUGGGAUGUCGGAGGUACUGGCGAGCGGUGGCAUGAGAGGGACGUGGACGUCGUCAUGCGGAUCAAAAUGACAUCAAUGUAUUGGAUCCUCGAUACUCCUACAAAUGCAUUUCCAAAGCUCAAGGAGCACCAGAUUUCUAGGAGUGCUUCCGACAACGAAGAGCCUUUCCAAGACCUCAGGCCAGAUAGAUCGCCGCAGCAUGGACCUUCGCCGCAGCAGGCAGAUAUAUCUGAGGGUUCCGGGGCAGAGAGACUGCGAGCUUCCAUGACAAGGCCUCCCAAGAACCCGAAAUUCAGCAAUGUGUCAAUGAAUGUACAUCGAGUUCCCGAAGGUGCUGAUGUCCGUGACCCCGAAUUCCACCAGCAGUUGAGAAAACAAUUGGUGGACGCAGGUAAAUUACCAGAUGAGGGACCCGUAGACCCGAAACAUGAGGAGACCGCGAGAAAGCUGAACAUAAAGCCGAUCCAGCCAUCAGAAGAUCUUAACUUUCUGCUUACAACGAAUCCAAUCUACUGCGGACUAGUGUCGUUCAGUAUGCUCACGGACUUCGAAGCCUCUGGCAUUAGUCUUUGCAACUGGCACAAGAGCAUAUGGCCUACCGCGCAUCUUUACAAUGCAUUGCGACAAACGUCCAGCAUCUCGAAGACUUGGCCAGAGAUGGAAGAGCUGAUCGACUUGCACAUGGACGCUUUGUUUGCCGGUUAUCUUCCUCUAUCAGCCUACGAGUUCUUCAUUCGUUUCGCUCUGGCCUUGGGCUUAUCGACGAGCAAUUUCUCUCGAAAUCCUAGAAACCGUACCAACAAUGAUAGAAUACGAAUCCGGCAAGGAGCCAACGGGACCAAAUUGAAGGUCACCGAGAUGUCAAGCAUCUUUCGCCAAUACUUCGAGAAGAAGUCAUCCCUGGAGAUCUGUCUAGUAAAGCUGGACAGCCUUAUUAGGAACCCAGGACCGAGAGCCUCAAGGAAAGAACGGGAUGCGUGGAAGCGACCUCUCACGAAUCUGCAGUUUCUUGCCAUGUUGGAGGCCAAUCUGCCCCGAGUCACUCAGCGCCUACAAUUCGACUACGUCACCCUGACCAAGCAAUGUGCCAAGCUGCUGAAGACCAUUCGUCAGCAACUGGAGUUACAAGUCCAGAUUGCUUACCCGAGGGUACCCACCGAGGACAGCGCUGAUCAGACAUUGACUUGGGUAGUGAUGCAAUUAUUGGAGGAGAACAACGAGCUGGCAUCAAUUCGUGAGAGCGCCCCACGAGGCGCGCCGGCUCCCAUGAUCGGGCCACAACUCAAAGUCGCAGCGGAGGAAAUGCAGAAAUUUCUUGGUACUUACAGGCCACAAGAUCUCAUCUUUAACUUCAAUGCUCUUCCCCGCCCCGCCCGAGCACCAUCUGGGCUCGUGCCAAACCACUGGAACAUCUCCAUCCGACACGUUACACUCUCUCCUCCCGGCGAUCUCGUCCUCAUUGUGCAGCCCAACAGUCAAUUUGUGCACACCGAGGGCCCAAUUCAAAUUGUCGAAGGGCAGAUUCCGGGACACUCAUUGAAUCCGAAGAGUCUAGUAACACUGCAGACUAUCGCUAGGCUUAUCAUGAAGUCUUUUGUCGAAGGCAUGAGCGGACCCAGUAUUGUUGCGGCCUCGGCACCUUGGUCCUGGGCUACGAAUGACCCGAACUUUGCCCGUCGAAUCAUGAAAGUGAUGACAGACAUGGGGGUUCGAGAAGAUUUGUUAAAUAUGGUGGUAGCAGAUACGAAUGAACUUGCAAGCUGCGAUGAAGCCUGGGAUAGGUUGAGUCGGCAACUGACAGGGUUGGUGAGGGGAGUCAUCUUGUUGGAAGACGUCUCCUGUUUCGGAUGUCAUAAGUUCAGCUUGAGCUUCCGGUCUGGUAAUGGGGGACAAGAGAUUGUUUUAGGAACAAAGGCUCCUACCCAUCUAGAUAGACUGGGCCAUGCGUUGUUAGGACUCCAGUACUGGCGUGAAGAGCGGCGAGACACCGCGUGA